CCAUUGCGCAAGACAAGGCUUCACCAGGAAUCAAGAAGCUAUCAAAUCAUAUCGCAACAUCAACUACAAUAUCUAUUUACGAUUUUAAACCAGUUGCGCAACAAAGCGAGCCGUGUCGCCUGCCGAGAAUAAGGUACGAAAUUUCGCGGAGAAGGAUAUAUUUAGGGGAGGCUAAGAGGAACUUGAGAUAAGGAAACGGUCAACUCGAAGAUCAUCGGUAUCGUAAGGCAGCGGAUUCGCAAGUAACAAUGUCGGAAGAACGUCUUUGGAAAUUCAGAAAGCCGGAAUGGAUGAAUAGUGCUACAACAAAAAGUGCUGGUGUUUAUGCUUCGGGAGCUUUGGUAUGAUGGCCCUAUUGUUUACUCUCAUGUUUCAUCCCUGGCAUUACCGCCUGAUGGGACAUCCAGCAAUUCGCGGUUGAACAUUACAUCAUUUACAAUUACUUCUACUAACAUUUCUCAUACAGUUCUCUCUCUCAUUCUUCAUCCUCCUUGAUGCAGCCCUCUGGUCUAAAUCCGCCCUCAAUGGAUCUGACCCCCCAAUUCACCUCACAUUCAUCGACUGGCUUCCCCUCAUCUUCUCCUCCCUUGGCAUGCUCAUCAUAAACUCUAUCGAAAAGUCCCGACUAUCCGCAGAUUCCUUCUCCUAUAGCGGAAGCGGUGUCGCGUGGAAAGCAAGAGUGGUAUUGUUCUUGGGAUUCGCUAGUUUGGCUGGAGGAUUGGCUGGGGGUAUUACGGUAUUGGUCUUGAAGUAUGUGGUGCCCGGUGCACAAUGGCCUACUUUGGGAAUGGGGUUGGCAAACGUAGGAGCAAAUGCUGGGGUUAUGUUGAGGUGAGUUCUUCAUUUUACUCUCGUUGAAAGGGUGGUCUGAACAAUGGAAAGGCAAGAUAAGGGUUUGAAGACUAACAAAAUUUAGUUCGGUGGUACUUUGGAUCUCGCAGAAUAUCGAGGAUGAAUACUCCUAUAACCUUGCUCUUUGAGUAAGUCUAGCCCGUCCGAGGAUUUUGGCAUAGUUUGGAGAGAUCGAAAGGUUAGAGAAUGCGGAACAUGAUGGUAUAUGGAUGAAGAAUGAAUGGACAGAGAAAGGGUGUGAUAAGACCGAUCAAAUGCUUCUAGGGCAUCAUUUGUAUUAUAAGGGGUGUGCGAUCUGCUCGUGAUGUAAGGUUCAAUUUUUAUCCACUGGUAAUGGCAAAAUUUGGCCCCUUGUGAAGUUUGUGAUUACCGCUUCAAGGCGCUCGCAUGCCAUUGAAAGGCUCAAUGUUUUUCUCGAAAUAAUAGAAUUUGGAGUUCCAAAGAAGAUAAC